CUGAUGCCCUUCUUCACCUCCUCGCCCGUACCACUGGCAGUGUUACUGAAGGCUCCGUUCUCGAUACCUGACUCCUUCUUCAAUUCGGGGGACAAGGUCACGACGUCGGGCGACGCCGUCGCGUCCGUGGCCUUGCCGGCCACCACCGAGUCGCCGAGCGUUCCAUCGCGCUGCUCCGACGUGUCGCCGCCCUUGUUGACGUAUUUGAAGUCACCCGCCGACGUUUUCGAGACGCCGACCUUGCCGCCCGCCGACGCCGUCGAGAUCAGCAGCGCCACGCACGCCACCAAGGGAGCGAGA